CUGCCCGCUCAGAGUGGGGGAGAGGCGGGGAGAGGAGUGAGCGAUGGUCCGCUGGGGUGAGAUGGCCAUGCUUCUCGAAGCCUUUCUGCAUUUUGUCCUGGCGACACAAAGACAAGAUCGCUUUGAUUGUUUUCUGGUGAAUGGAGCUGAUUACCGCGGCUCUCAGAAUCGGACCUCGGCUCAAAACGGGAAGCCUUGCCUGUACUGGAACCAGACCGUCCAGCACACCUACAAUACUGGGAGACAGAUGGCUGAGGAGUGGGGACUGGGGGACCACAAUUACUGCAGGAAUCCGGAUGGAGAUGUUCAGCCCUGGUGUUACGUUUCGGAGAGCGAGGAGGGAAUCUAUUGGAAGUACUGUGACAUUCCCAGCUGUCGGAUGCCGGGGUACCACGGCUGUUUCCUGGACUCGGGGAGCCCCCCCGCUCUGACGGGGAGCAGUGGCACCUCCACCAAACUCACUGUGCAAGUCUGCAUUCAAUACUGCAGGAGACACGGGUAUGAGUUUGCUGGGGUCGAGGCAGGUUAUGCCUGUUUCUGUGGUUCGAGGGCGGACCUGGCUCGUAACGAACAAGUGUCAGCGGUGGAGUGUGACCAGGUGUGCUUCGGCAAGUCAAGCGAGCUGUGUGGGGGGGACGGCAGGAUCGGGAUCUACCAGGUGUCUGUUGGAUCCUGCUCUGGUAACCUCACCCAGUCGGAAGGCGUUCUCUUCUCCCCAGACUUCCCCGACGACUACCCGGCCGACAGCAACUGCUCCUGGGCGCUGACCCCGCAGGGAGGGGGCGGGGGCGUGGGGGUCACCCUGGAGGUCCUCGACCUCCGGGACUCCUGGGACACGCUGUCGAUCUGGGACCCCCGAUCAGGGGGUCUGCUGGCCCGCUGGCAGGGGGGAGGAGGAGGGGAGGGGGCAAGGGAGGAGCUGGCGUUUCAGACAGACUCUGUCCUCGUCACUUUUGUCUCCGAUGGGAUUUUCCAAGGGCACGGAUUUGCCCUGACCUACAGAGGGAUUCAGGUUAACUCCAGUAUGGGAGGGGCUUCGUCUUCAAACCACUCCUCCACAACCCCGACUCCGCCCACAACGUCAGACUCCUGCACACCCUCCUCCUCUGAACCAAUCAGCAGUGAGAAUGCCACCAGCAUUGCAGCGUGGGUCCUGGGUGUCCUGUCGGUGAUGUGUGUCUUCCUGACUGCUGCCGCAGCCUACUACCUGAGAAGGAGAACCUGUCUGUUUGUUCAAAAGAAGUCCUCCUCCGGGCUCUUCCUCAUUGGCUCAGAGCCGCGCUGUGGGCGGGGCCAGGCCUGGUCGGUGGCCUUUCGGCACACGCGGGUCGUCGUGUGUAGCCAUGGCAACCAGGGGCGGGGCGGAGCGGGGGAGAGAGAGGAGGAGGAGGAGGAGGAGGAGGAAAGGCUCUUUUUUCCGGCACCCUUGAGGGACCAGCACCGGGGAUAG